UCUCCUAGUUAAAAUGGUUUCAUUUACCUUUAGCCAAAAACAAAACAAAAUGGUUUCAUUUACCAAACUAAAAUCAGAGACUAAUAGUUGUGACAAUGAUAAUGCAUUUUGAAUAUCGUCGUCGUCUCAGGUGAGCCUCCGUUGUCGGUGUUACCGCUCAGCGAUUGGAGACUGUCUGAAUUUGAGGGUCCUGAACUUGAACCUCCACCAACUCCGCAAUAUUAUCGAGAUGCUUGAAUGGUGUUUAUUUUGGAUGGGAUAACUUUCAAUGGUAAUGCUGUUCUCACCAAUUAGAGCAUUCUUGCUUAGCUGAAGUUUUUGUCUUAUAUUUGGAAACUUUCUUGACCGCGGAAAUGAAAAGAUUGUUUGUGGGAUCUUUUACUUUGAAACGAACGAUAUCAACUUCACCUCAUCUUUGUGAGAGAGUUAAGCAAACAGAAAAUGAGAUCGUGCAAAUGUUCUACUUACCCACUGUAAGAGAUUCGGUGCAGAACUUGCCUAUGAAUGGAAAACUGUCGAGAAAGGAUCCAUCAGUUCGUAAAUUGGAUGAAAGGUUUACAAGGAUCUUGAAAAUUUUCAAGUGGGGACCCGAUGCAGAGAAGGCAAUGGAAGUGCUGAAGCUGAGAUUGGACCACCGGUUAGUUCUUGAGGUUUUGAAGAUAGAUGUUGAGGUCUCUGUGAAAGUUCAGUUUUUCAAAUGGGCUGCAAAGAGAAGAAAUUUUCAGCAUGACCCAACCACUUACAUGGCUUUAAUCCGUUGCUUAGAUGAAGCAAGGUUGUUUGGUGAAAUGUGGCAGACAAUUCAAGAGAUGGUUCGAGCUAUAUCUAUUCUAGAUCCUGCUCAAUUAUCUGAAAUCGUUAGUAUAUUGGGAAAGGCGAAGAUGGUGAACAAGGCCCUAUCUAUCUUUUACCAGGUAAAAGGUCGCAAGUGCAAGCCAACAACUAAUACAUACAACUCGAUGAUCUUGGUCUUAAUGCAAGGUCAUCAUGAAAAGAUCCAUGAACUUUAUAAUGAGAUGUGUAAUGAGGGAGACUGUUUUCCAGACACUGUUUCAUACAAUGCACUUAUAUUAGCAUUUAAGAAAUUGGGUCGUUAUGAAUUUGCCAUUAGAUUGUUUGAUGAGAUGAAGGAGAAUGGUUUACAGCCAACUGCGAAGAUAUUUACCAACUUAUUGGAAGUACAUUUCAAGUUGGGUAAGGUUGAAAAAGCUUUGGAUCUUUUCAGGGAGAUGAAGCAGAGAGGGUGUUGCCCUACUGUCUUUACUUACACAGAAUUAAUAAAGGGUCUUGGUAGUGCUGGGAGGAUUGACGAUGCCUAUAAUAUCUAUAAGAAUCUCCUAAGGGAUGGUUGUAAACCGGAUGUAGUACUCAUGAACAAUUUAAUUAACAUCUUUAGUAAGGCAGGUCGCUUGGAAGAUGCCCUUAGAUUUUUCGAGGAGAUGGAGUCUCUUAGAUGUAUACCUACUGUUGUGACGUACAACUCUGUCCUGAAAGCUUUAUUUGAAUUAAAAGCUCCAAUUUCCGAGGUUUCUGUGCUGUUUGAGAAGAUGAAGGCAAAUGGGGUUGCUUCUAGCUCAUUUACCUACUCAAUUCUUAUAGAUGGAUAUUGUAAAAGAGGUAGACUUGAGAAAGCUUUGUUACUUCUUGAGGAGAUGGAUGAAAAAGGUUUUCCUCCUUGUCCAGCCGCCUAUUGCAGCUUGAUCAACAGUCUUGGAAAAGCAAAACGGUAUGAAGCUGCAAAUGAGUUGUUUCUAGAAUUGAAAGAGAACUGUGGACGUUCAAGUGCUCGGGUGUAUGCUGUGAUGAUUAAGCAUUUUGGAAAGUGUGGCCUUCUCAAUGAAGCAUUGGAUUUAUUUAAUGAGAUGAAGAGACUUGGUUGUGAUCCUGAUGUUUAUGCAUAUAAUGCUCUAAUGUCAGGAAUGGUGAGGGCUGGCAUGGUAGAUGAAGCUCAUUCCUUACUUAAAACCAUGGAAGAAAAUGGUUGUAUUCCAGACUUAAAUUCGCACAACAUUAUUCUAAAUGGCUUGGCUAAAACAGGUGGCCCGAAGCGGGCUAUGGAAAUGUUUACAAAAAUGAAGCAUUCAAAGAUCAAGCCAGAUGCAGUUUCUUAUAACACUGUUCUUGGUUGUCUUAGUCGAGCUGGUUUGUUAGAGGAUGCUGCAAGACUUAUGAAAGAGAUGAAGUUAAUUGGGUUUGAGUAUGAUGAGAUCAGCUACUCGUCCAUACUUGAGGCGGUUGGCAAGGUUGAUGAAGUUCACAGAUUCACCUCUUAAGUGAAAGAAAGAGACUUGGGUGAAAGAGCUCUUUUUCUAGAGAGUAACCGGAAUAGUUUUGCCUGGAUUGAUGAAUGGUAUGGGAUGACAAUGCAACACAUAAGUGAACUCGAACGAGAAAGCGGCUCCUUAUUAAAUGAGGUAAAGAUGGUUCUUAACUCCACUAAACUAUCUUUGUAUUACUUCUGAUUAACUAGCCUCAAGUUAGACGUAUCUUUUAUUGUUUGUUUUUGUUUUGUACUAUAGCAAAGUACUUUGGAAUUUGGAUUUCAAAUUAGACUAACAACUACACCAAUGUUUAGGAUUUUCUACUAGGCUUCUGUUCAUAUUUUAUUUGCCUAAACAACUCAAGUUUUUAAAUCUGCAAGAGAAUUAAAAUUAUUUUUUUAGAGUGAUGAUUGGUGGUUCUAAAUACUAACUCUGCAUUGAGUAUUUUGAAACUUAAUUUAUCAUUAUUCCGCACCAUGUUCUUAUAGAUAGUAAAAAAUUUCAAAGAAAUAGUUGAGUUCAUAAAUUGACAGAAAAAGCCUUGCUUUGAGUGUGUCUUUUCUCACCAUACAAGUCGGUAGCCUCAAGAAUGAACCAUUUUAACCGAAACAAUGCUAUUUCACAUUUCGGCUCGGCUACUUACAUUCAAAAAAAUUAGGAAGGAACAAAGAUCCCUUUAUGUAAUGUUCUUUAUAGAAGAUGAGACACAACAUAUUACAAGCUCAAGCUCUACAUUGUUGUAUGGGCUACUUUUUCCUCUUUCAAUAAGUUGGUUCUUGAGUGAGUCUUCUGUAUAUACAUAUAAGUCAGAACUGAGAAGAAUGCUAGUAGUUGACAUAUUGACUCUUAUCAAAAUAUUUACCUCAUAAUUUUUGGUAAUUGACAUGAUUUUAUUUAUUUAUGUAUUUUCUUACUGCCAUUUUCAAUGUAUGUAAUAACUAUAAAAUCAGAAACUGAGCAAGCCAACUUUGAUGACAAAUGUGGAAGAGUUUGAUGACGACAGAUAAUGACAUGAGUUUGAGUUUCAACUCUCUCAAGAUACAUAUAUAUGUAUAUGUUUAUAUCUAUUUAUAUAGCCAGAGAAAGCAUCUCUCUCAGGACCAGGUUGAGCUUUGAACAUGUAGCACCAGAAAUGGACUACACUGCAGGCUUAGGAUAUAUCACAUAACAUACAUACAUACAUAUAUACAUUAUAUACAUACCAACACUGCUGGAACCUGUCUAUUUUUUCUGAUUGCUUGAACUUAGUUCAGGGUAUGAAGAAGAAAAAAUCUCCCUGUUGGAAGAUUAAGCCCUUUGUUGUUUGAAUUGUUUUCUGUUAUUGAUCAAUUUCCAGGGGUGGAGCUUAGUUGGUUGUCCCGCAAGUUGAAUGUGGCAGCUCACGGUCUUGCAGCCUGGGCUGCUUCUAACAAUCAUUUUGAUUUUGUUGAUUCAAGGGAGGUGGAACCCUUUGUUUCCAACAUGAACAUUGCUCGGUGAGCUUCUUUUUCGAUGAAAUUUUUACACUGCAGAUAAAGUAUUCUGAUUAGUAUUUGGGGUGUGACAUUGAUUGAUUAUUCUGUUAUGCACCCAUUUGACUCAGCAAUUUUGUUUUAGUAUUACUAUUCACUAUUCUAGUGUAUUGUUAUUAAAUACCAACUUGUAAUGUUGAUAUGUAUACAUAUAUACAUAUGGCAGGUUUCAUUA